AUGUCAUUAGAUAAUGAUACGAUAGAAACACUUUCAGAGACGAGUCGUUUACUUGAUGAAAAUUUCGAUAAAGGUCAAGAAACAUGGUUAGAAAAAUUUCGUUCACAACGUUUAUUAUGGAUGCUUCCAUUUAGCUUAACUUUAUCUAUAAUCAUGUCUUCAACCAUGGCUCCUUUAGUACAGCUCAUCUUUGAAUUAGUUUGUCAAGAAUUUAAAGAACAAAAACAAAAACAAAAUUUACUAUUUGAUGAUGAAUGUAAUUUACCAGAAAUUCACGUAAAUGCAUCAAAUUAUAUAAUGUGGUAUACAACUUUAUUAAAUGUUGCAGUAACUCUAUCAACCGGAUAUUUUUCCACAUUAUCAGAUUAUUUGGGACGUAAAUUUGUAUUUAAAUUAUCAACAGUUGGUUUAAUAUUUGCUUUAGCAAAUUUAUUGAUAGUAGCACAUUUUUGGAAGAUAGUGGGAAUCAAAUUUUUAUUCGUUGGUUCAGUUAUAGAAGGAUUGCUUGGAGGUAUAAUUACAAUAAAUACGGCGUGUCAUGCCUAUUUGAGUGAUUGUACAAGCAGUGAAAAUAGAAGUGUUGCGUUUAGUUUAAUGCAUGCUACUGCAUAUUGUGGCAUGUCCAUUGGGCCUACUUUGGGUGGCUUGAUUAUCAAGGCUACAGGAUCAAUUCUUUCGAUAUUUUAUAUAGCAAUUUGUGCUCUCAUUAUAUUUUUAAUUGUAGUUACAUUAAUUUUACCAGAAUCAGUCUCUCCCAGUAUGCGUGAUCAAAAUCUUUUAAUAUCUCCACACACUUCUAUGAGACAUAUAGUAUCACCUUUAACUGUUUUAAGACAAAUCCCCGUUGGAAUAGAGGAAAAUAAUUGGAAAGGAAGAAACGCCUUAUAUAUUUUAGCUGUAAUUUAUUUUUUUUAUAAGAUCUCGCAAGCUGCGCAAAAUGAAAUCGUAAAUUUAUAUACAAAAUAUAAAUUUCAUUGGACAUCACUAGAAAAUGGAUAUUUUUUAUCAUUACAAUCAUUCACGCGUCUUAUAGCAUUGAUUCUUCUUGUACCAUUAUUACAUCUAAUUCGAUUGCGUUAUAAUCCAAACAAUUCACGUUCAUUAGAUAUAUGGACGAUGCGAGGUGGUCUAAUAAUGGAAAUUAUAGGAUUCAUCUUAUUUGCAUUAGCCAUCAGCCCUGAUUGGUUUUACUUUGCUUGUGUAAUUAAUAGUUUAGCCACCAUAACUUCCCCCGCUAUGAGAAGUUUAUUUACAACUUUUGUUUUACCGAAUCAAUCUGGGCAAGUUUUAGGUGCUAUAAGUGUAAUAGAAAGUGUAGGAAGUAUUUUAAGUCCUUUAUGGAUGAAUCAAUUAUAUAGUUGGGGAAUUGUUAAUGGAAUAAGUGAAAUUGUAUUUUGGGUUAAUACUG